AUGCAGAAGGGGAUGCGGCUGAACGACGGGCACGUCGCCUACCUGGGGCUGCUGGCGAAGAAGGACGGCAGCCGCCGCGGCUACCUGAGCAAGCGCAGCGGGGACAACACGAAAUGGCAGAGCAAGUGGUUCGCGCUGCUGCAGAACAUGCUCUUCUGCUUCGAGAGCGACUCCAGCUCGCGGCCCUCCGGCCUCUACCUGCUGGAGGGCAGCGCCUGCGACCGCGCGCCCUCCCCCAAGCCCUCGCUCUCGGCCAAGGACUCGCUGGAGAAGCAGCAUUAUUUUACUGUUAGUUUCAACCAUGAUAAUCAGAAAACCCUGGAGCUGAGGACGGAGGAUGCCAAGGACUGCGAUGAAUGGGUAGCAGCGAUAACUCACGCAAGUUAUAGGAAUCUUGCUACAGAGCAUGAAGCUUUAAUGCAGAAGUACCUCCAUUUACUUCAGAUUGUGGAAACCGAGAAAACUGUUGCCAAGCAACUAAGACAACAGAUUGAAGAUGGGGAAAUCGAGAUUGAACGUCUGAAAUCGGAGAUUGCCUCCUUGCUUAAAGAUAAUGAGCGCAUCCAGUCCACUCAGAGCAGCGCGCCGAAUGACGAUGACAGCGAUAUCAAGAAAAUCAAAAAGGUCCAGAGCUUUCUACGGGGCUGGCUAUGCAGGAGGAAAUGGAAGACGAUCAUUCAGGACUAUAUCAGAUCUCCUCACGCUGACAGCAUGAGGAAGAGGAACCAGGUUGUCUUCAGCAUGCUGGAGGCAGAAGCAGAAUAUGUUCAACAGUUGCAUAUUCUGGUCAACAACUUCCUUCGCCCGCUGAGGAUGGCAGCGAGCUCCAAGAAGCCUCCCAUCACCCAUGAUGAUGUCAGCAGCAUAUUCCUGAACAGUGAAACAAUCAUGUUUUUGCACCAGAUCUUUUAUCAAGGCCUGAAAGCAAGAAUAUCCAGCUGGCCGACGCUCGUGCUUGCUGACUUGUUUGACAUCCUGCUGCCCAUGCUGAACAUCUACCAGGAGUUUGUGAGAAACCAUCAGUACAGCCUGCAGAUCCUGGCCCACUGCAAGCAGAACCGUGACUUCGACAAGCUGCUGAAGCACUACGAGGCCAAGCCGGACUGCGAGGAGAGGACGCUGGAGACCUUCCUUACGUACCCCAUGUUCCAGAUUCCCAGGUACAUUCUGACGUUACACGAGCUGCUGGCGCACACGCCCCAUGAGCACGUGGAGAGGAACAGCCUGGACUACGCCAAGUCCAAGCUAGAAGAGCUUUCCAGGAUAAUGCACGAUGAAGUGAGCGAGACAGAAAAUAUUCGAAAAAAUCUGGCAAUAGAAAGGAUGAUUAUUGAAGGGUGUGAAAUUCUCCUGGACACCAGCCAGACUUUUGUCAGACAAGGUUCCCUCAUCCAAGUGCCAAUGUCCGAGAAAGGGAAGAUCACCAGGGGGAGGCUGGGCUCCCUGUCCUUGAAGAAGGAGGGCGAGAGACAAUGCUUCCUCUUCUCCAAGCACCUAAUUAUCUGUACAAGAGGCUCAGGUGGAAAAUUACACUUAACCAAGAAUGGCGUGGUCUCGCUCAUCGACUGCACCUUGAUGGAGGAGCAGGAGAGCACUGAUGAAGAAACAAAAGCAUCAGGGCAAGACAUAGAUCAUCUUGAUUUCAAAAUUGUAGUGGAACCAAAAGAUUCUCCAUCCUUUACUGUUAUCUUGGUGGCAUCGUCCAGGCAAGAAAAGGCUGCAUGGACCAGUGACAUCAGUCAGUGUGUGGACAAUAUUCGAUGCAAUGGCCUCAUGAUGAAUGCAUUUGAGGAGAACUCAAAAGUCACAGUUCCCCAGAUGAUCAAGUCUGAUGCCAGCUUGUACUGUGACGAUGUCGACAUUAGGUUCAGUAAAACGAUGAAUUCCUGCAAGGUCCUUCAGAUCCGCUAUGCAAGCGUGGAGCGGCUCUUGGAGAGGCUGACGGACCUGCGGUUCCUCAGCAUCGAUUUUCUCAACACCUUUCUGCAUUCGUACCGGGUGUUCACCACGGCGGUGGUCGUUCUGGACAAACUCAUCACUAUCUACAAGAAACCCAUCAGUGCAAUUCCUGCAAGGUCACUGGAGCUCUUGUUUGCAAGCAGCCAGAACACCAAACUGCUUUACGGCGAGCCGCCCAAAUCUCCGAGAGCAAAUCGGAAAUUCUCAUCCCCUCCCCCGCUGUCCAUCACCAAGUCGUCCUCGCCGAGCCGAAGGCGGAAGUUGUCCUUAAACAUCCCCAUCAUCACGGGAGGGAAGGCUCUGGACCUGGCUGCACUGAGCUGCUCCUCCAAUGGCUAUGCAAGCAUGUACUCCUCCAUGUCACCCUUUAGUAAGACCACCCUUGAUAUAAACAAACUUUACGUGUCCAGUAACUACCCCAAUAAAAUACCUGAUGAAGGUGAAACUGCCUCCGAAAGACAAGAGGAGACUCCUCCAAGCAAGCCAAGUUCCGAGGUAUCAGUUCGGGAGGAGUCAGACACUGAUCCAAACCAGAGCGAUGAAGCAGAAACUGAGACCUCGCCAACGAAAUCUCCAACUACCCCUAAAGCCGUCAAAUGCAAAAAUUCAUCAGAUUUCUCAUUGUUUUCUUAUAACAAUGGAGUCGUUAUGACGUCUUGCCGGGAGCUUGACAAUAACCGCAGUGCCCUGUCAGCUGCUUCCGCUUUUGCGAUAGCGACUGCUGGAGCUAAUGAGGGCACCCCGACCAAGGAGAAAUAUCGAAGGAUGUCAUUAGCAAGCGCAGGCUUUCCCCCUGACCAAAGGAACGGGGACAAAGAGUUCGUGAUAAGGAGAGCGGCAACCAACAGAGUUCUCAAUGUUCUGCGCCACUGGGUCUCCAAACACUCGCAGGACUUUGAAACCAAUGAUGAACUAAAAUGUAAAGUGAUCAGCUUUCUGGAAGAAGUUAUCCAUGAUCCUGAGCUCCUGACCCAGGAGAGAAAAGCAGCAGCCAAUAUUAUAAGGACUUUGACUCAGGAAGAUCCAGGAGACAAUCAGAUAACACUGGAGGAAAUCAUACAGAUGGCUGAGGGAGUCAAAGCAGAACCCUUUGAAAAUCACUCCGCUUUGGAAAUAGCAGAACAGCUGACAUUGUUGGAUCACCUGGUCUUCAAGAAGAUCCCGUAUGAAGAGUUUUUUGGGCAAGGUUGGAUGAAGCUUGAAAAGAACGAAAGGACUCCUUACAUUAUGAAGAACACUAAGCACUUCAACGAUAUCAGUAACUUGAUAGCUUCCGAAAUCCUCCAAAAUGAGGAUGUCAGCGCCAGGGUGAGCGCCAUUGAGAAGUGGGUGGCUGUGGCAGAUAUCUGCAGGUGUCUGCACAACUACAACGCUGUCCUGGAGAUCACCUCCUCCCUGAACCGCAGCGCCAUCUUCCGGCUCAAGAAAACAUGGCUCAAAGUAUCCAAGCAGACGAAAGCUCUGAUUGAUAAGCUCCAAAGGCUGGUGUCGUCGGAGGGCCGGUUUAAGAAUCUCCGAGAAGCUCUGAAAAAUUGUGACCCGCCCUGUGUCCCUUACCUGGGAAUGUAUCUGACCGACCUGGCAUUCAUAGAGGAGGGAACUCCAAAUUAUACCGAAGAUGGCUUGGUGAACUUCUCCAAGAUGAGAAUGAUUUCCCACAUCAUUCGAGAGAUCCGCCAGUUUCAGCAAACGUCCUACAAGAUAGAACACCAAGCCAAGGUGACACAGUAUUUACUGGACCAAUCAUUUGUAAUGGAUGAAGAAAGUCUUUAUGAAUCUUCUCUCCGAAUAGAACCUAAACUGCCUACCUGAAUGUGGAGCAGAGGCCGGCAGUUCGUCUGUACACAUCCUGUAUCAUAUUGUACAUACCUGUUUGUUUCUGUUGGGCACCUUGAUUGACUUCCUCGUAUGUGCUUCUCAACGAAAACCAAACUUCCUCUUGCUCUUAGAACACAGUAGAACUCGACUAGAACGUCCUGCAUUGUUUAAGGAUUCAUGCAUAAAGCAUUUUGUUUAUGGCA